GUCGGGCCGAUUCAAUAGAACCUCCAGUUUUAGUUUUCGGGAACCUAAUCAGCACCAAUGCCGCCUAAGACGCAGCAAAAGACCAAGGAACAGAAGAUGGCCGCCGCCUUGGCUGGCUCGCGCGGCAAGGGCAAGAAGAAGUGGUCCAAGGGCAAGGCCCGCGAAAAGACGCAGAACAAGGUCCUUUACGACCAGGAGGCCUACGAGCGCAUGUGCAAGGAAGUCCCUAAGAUGAAGUUGAUCACGGCGUCGGCCAUUGUCGAACGCCUCAAGGUCAACGCCGCCCUCGCCCGCGCCACGAUCCGUGAGCUCGAGCUCAAGGGUGACAUCAAGGUCGUCUCCAAGCACAGCGCCCAGUUGAUCUACACCCGCGCCAUCAGCGCUGAAUAAAUGUAGUUGCUGACUUUGCCCGAACUUAUCCGAGGUCCCUCUCUCUUUCAACGACGACCUACUGCGCCGGGUCGCGGUAGCCGUCUUGCAAAAGAGUGGUAAUUGAAUGCAUUAGGAGCCUUCUUCCCUUAUCUUGUCC